GAUCUAUAUCAAGAAGAAAAAAAAGGGACUUUAAAACAUCUUAAUCUGUUAUAUCUGGUCACCACCCCUUCUUUCUCUUUUAUACGGAUUUAAAUUGAUCAAAAGAACUUUCGAAAAUCUUUCACUGGACUUAUGAUCAUCUCUCAUAUGGGGUGACAGUAUCGAAAGGACAACCCCAACAACUUCAUUAUUGAGUUUCGCGAUUACUCAAUCAAUAUGAUUCUUGGGAUCCUACUCUGCGCUUUAGUCAUUUGUGGUGCCAAUUCAAGCUUGACCACCGACACCGAUCUCUUUGAAAUUAUAUUUCCAAGUUUGAAUCAAGCCAACACUGAAGAUCUCGCAGAAGGUCUCAAGUAUAUAGAGUUCACCAGUGUCGACUUUAUCAACGCAAGAUAUCUUAGCACCCGUUUAUAAGCUUAGAACCUACCCUAAUUUAGUUCAAUAGGCAUAUAUAGCCCGAAUCAUUGAUGUCGAUGAUGUUUUGAAUGCAGUGGUCGAAAUCAAUCCUGAUGCUACACUUAUCGCCUCUAUGCUCGACGAUGAGCGAUCAGUGGGUAUGAUUCGCUGGUGAGUUCUGAGAUUGAAUAAACAUGGCAUCUUUACGCUGAAAAUUUAGUCCUUUGCAUGGAAUUCCUAUUUUGAUGAAAGAUGUAGUAUGCUAUGUCUCUAAGUUCCAAGGGCCUUGCAGCACAAGCCCUUUCUUCAUCUCAAAUGCACCAAAUUCUCCUUCAAUUCGUCUUCUGUUUGUCAUUGUGCGAGUUCUACACUGAUUAGCUGUGUGCAGUAUCUUCCAUAGAUCGCCACAAACGAUAAAAUGAACAAUGCUGCUGGACCAUAAGCACUAGUUGGGGCCACAUUGCCUGCAGAUUCAACCAUCGCAAGAAAGCUUCGAGAAUCUGGGGCCAUUAUCCUAUGAAAGACGAAUCCCAGCCAAUGGAGCCAUUUCAGAUCAUUCAACAUCAGUAACGGCUGGCCAGCCCGUGGCGGACAAAUUUAUGGACCGUAUUUUUCCCGGCAAGAUCCCUCUGGUAGUUCGAGUGGUAGCGCGGUGGCAGCGAUACUGGGAUUGGCAACUGUUUGCUUGGGUGCGGAAACUAGUGGUUCAACCAUAGCACCUGCUCAUUACAACAAAAUUGUUGCUAUGAAGCCAACUGUAGGAUUGACAUCACGCCAUCUUGUAGUCCCAGCUAGCGAGCACAUGGAUACGAUUGGCCCGAUGAAAAAGAGUGUCAAAGAUGCCGCUUAUGUUCUUCAGAGUAUCGUAGAUGUUGAUCCUUUCGAUAACUAUACCUUUGGGAUUCCGUAUGGAGCCGGCCUGGACUUUGUCAGUGCGUGCGAUUUUUCGGCUCUCAAAGGUGCUCGAUUGGGCAUUCCUCGAAAUGUGAUUUCAAGCAUGUCAAAUAACAGUACGGGAUCAAUGCUUGAAGCUUUCAAUAAAUCUUUGGCGAUUCUACGAUCAGCUGGCGCUAUCAUUAUCGAGAAUACCGAUUUCCCAUCUGCACAAGAAUCCAGGAAUAAUGGUUUACUGACCGUCCAAGUUGUAGCAGCUGAUUCUGUUGUGGCACUGAAGAAAUACCUAAGUUUACUAGCAUACAACUCGCGCAAUAUAACAGACUUAGAAGGUCUACGCGCAUGGACCCAGUCCAGUUCAUUAGAGGACUGUCCAAACAAACCUACUGAUAUUUGGGAUGUGGUAUUGGAGAAUCGAAACAAUACCGAUUAUAAGUUCUGGCGUGCUUAUCAACGAGCCCUAUACCGUGGAAAAGAAGGAGGUUUGCUCGGAUUAAUUAAGCGAUAUAAACUCGAUGAUGUUAUUUUACCGUCUCUGUUCUCUUCGAACUGGGCUGCUGUUGUUGACGCGCCCAUCACAUCGGUUCCGAUGGGAGCAAUACCAUCUGAUCAGCCUAUAGUAUCUGCGGGGCCUAAUAUUCCGUAAGCUGAUUGAUUCGGGGAGCGCAGCCAAUUACUGACAACAAGCCUAUAUUUAACUUCAGCUUCUUAGGAGCAAGAUUUACGGAUGCAAAACUCAUUGGGUUAGCAUAUGCCUUUGAGCAAAGAACAAUUAAAAAGAAAACGGUACAUCCGUAUAUUAAGCCGAGAACCGAUCUUCGAGAUGCGGUUAGGAUACGUUACUAGUAGAGAGGAUUCUGGUAGAGGUUCGUGAUCAAUUUCAAGUGAGGCGUAUGAUUUCCGGA